AUGAAUGUUGGGUCAAUUUUGAAUAACGAUUCACCAGGAGCUUCCAAUGAGAAUGAGAAGAGUCCUAAAGUACCCCUUGCUACUAGACCCCCAAUGCCAUCAGUGCAUGAACGUCAUUCAAUAACUAGUAUGUUGAAUGAUGCUCCAUCAGCGCCUGCUGUUCCAGUUCAGAAGCAAUCGGAUUCAAAUAGCGAUUCUGAUUUUAGAAAGCCAAGUAUAAGUCUGUUGACUUCACCAAGUGUAGCCCAUAAACCAGCACCACCACCAUCAACACCACAAGCAGCACAAACAUCUCAGCCACAACCGCAAACUUUGAAUCUGGCCGGAAGUAGUGGUCAUUCAAGUGCAAGAUCUUCACCCGUAGUUCCGAAAAGAAACUCAAUUGCGAACAUUAUUGAUGCUGCUGCUGUUGAUGAAAACACACAUCAAGAUAGCUCAAAUGUUGAAGAACGUGUUAAAACAGAUAUACAAGAGAAUGAACCAGCACCUACACCAGCACCUGCACCUGCACAAACUUCAGAGGUUAGCGAUGACCCAGAUUCCAAAUCUAGCGAGACAUCGACGGAUGAAGUGAAAACAACAAUUGCCAAAGAAGAAUCAACCACGACUCUUCUUGAUGACCAAGAUGAUGAUUUAACUAAGAUAAAGAAACUUAAACAAUCAAAGAAACCAAGACGUUAUGAUACUCCACCAAUUUGGGCACAAAGAUGGAUUCCUCCAAACAAGGCUGACCAAGAUCAUCAUAAUGGCCCUAUUGAUAAUUCAAAUGGAACUACUACUAGGCUUUCUAAUAAACCAGUGUUUGAUUAUACUACUACCAGAAGCUUGGAUUUGGAAUGUAGUAUAACAGGGGUUAUUCCACCAAGUCCUUUGACUCGUACGAUUGCUGAGUGGAUUUAUGCAAACUUUUCAAAUAUCGAAGAGAAGAACAAGAGAAAUGUUGAAUUGGAAUUAAAGUUUGGAAAAAUCAUUGAUAAAAGAACCGGAAAUAGACUCGAUUUGAGUGUGGUUACAGAAUGUAUUUAUACUGAUCAUUCAAACACUCGUUUUGAUAUGGAAGUUGAAGAGAUUGCUUGGAAGGAAAUCAAAAAAUAUUUUGAAGAAUUAGAAAGAUUGUAUCAAGAAGACAAAAGAGAGAAACAAACAACUAGAAAGUUCAAUAUGUUAGAUUCAGAUAAUACUGAUACAUUUUACCAACUUGGUAACAAGGGUGAACAUCUCAGGAAAGUACGUAUAUCGAAGGACAAUUUAUUAUCACCUCCAAGAUACACCGCCAUUCAGAAAGAACGUAUUGCUGAUUUGUACAUUCAUAAUCCCCAAUGUAUGUAUGACUUGCGUCUUUCAUUGUCCUUGGAAAUUCCUGUACCCGAAGGGAAUAUAGAAACAAUCAUGUCAAAGAAUGAGCCAAUGAUGACUAGAGAGAAAAAGAGAACAACGUAUACUCAUGCACCAACCAUAACUCAGUUUGAUUUAACCAGAGUUCUCAUUCCCCGUGAGUCGAAAAAUAAAGUUGGUAAGAAAGUUAUUCAACAUGAUAUCAAAUAUGAAGUGGAAUUGGAAGUCGAUACUUUGGAGAUUUUUAGUGCUAUAGAAAAGAUUACUUCGGGUGUUGAUAAUUUUAGAUUGGAAGAGUUGGUUGAAGUGUAUUUGAAUAAUGCACGUGUUUUGAAUAACCGUGUCAAUAAGAUUGCCAUAGCAUAG